AUGGGUGUUUUACUGUCGAGCUUAUCAUCCAUUCGUCCGCACCUGGAUGCACCUUUCUGCCGUAGCCUGCAUCACUCCAGACGGUCGUUGCCGAAAGUGGGUCAGCCCCAAGGAGAUGACAACAACUUUGCUCAGCACACCGGCAUCCGACUCGACGCCCGCAAAUUCGAACCCAUCGUGCACGACCAUCAGUUUUGCGAAAGAGCCGUCAUCAACCUGAGAACCUUGAACCAGUUCCCAGACACUUUGCUGGGUGAUCCAGCAAGACGGAUCAGGUACUUUGAUCCGUUGCGAAACGAGUACUUCUUUGACCGGAAUCGGCCGAGUUUCGAUGCCAUUUUGUACUACUACCAGAGUGGAGGACGACUGCGGCGGCCGGUCAAUGUUCCACUGGACGUGUUCGCAGAGGAAAUCAAGUUCUACGAACUGGGCGAAUGCGCCACUUCGAAAUUCAGUAAGAUGAGGAACGAGGGGUUCAUCAAGGAAGAAGAGAAGCCGCUGCCGGACAACCCGUUCCAGCGCAAGAUCUGGCUGCUGUUUGAGUACCCCGAGAGUUCGCAGCACGCGCGGGUCGUGGCCAUAGUCAGUGUGUUCGUGAUCCUCUUGUCGAUUGUGAUAUUUUGCCUGGAGACUCUGCCGGAAUUCAAGCACUACAAGGUCUUCAACGACACGCUGCGCAACAAGACCCGGAUCGAGGAGGACGAGGUGCCCGACGUGAAGGAUCCCUUCUUCCUCACAGAGACUGUCUGCAUUGUCUGGUUCAGUUUUGAGUUGAUGGUGCGACUGUUGGCGUGUCCAAACAAGUUCAACUUCUUCCGCGACGUGAUGAACAUCAUCGACUUGAUCGCCAUUGUUCCCUACUUCAUCACACUGGCCACGGUGGUGGCCGAGGUGGAGCGAGAGGAGCAGCUCAAGCAGCAGAUGGUCGCGUCCGGGGCACCACCCGAAACUGGCCACCUGGAAGUCAAGGUGACGCCAUUGGGAAGGGACGGUGCAGGAAACCAGGCCAUGUCACUGGCAAUUUUGAGGGUCAUCAGGCUGGUGAGAGUGUUUCGAAUCUUCAAAUUGUCCAGACACUCCAAGGGCCUUCAGAUCCUCGGACGCACGCUCAAGGCUUCCAUGCGAGAGCUCGGCUUGCUCAUAUUUUUCCUCUUUAUAGGCGUAAUUCUGUUCUCGAGCGCGGUUUACUUUGCCGAGGCCGGCACGGAGAAAUCCUUUUUCAAGUCGAUCCCAGACGCGUUCUGGUGGGCCGUGGUUACUAUGACAACUGUCGGCUACGGCGACAUGAGACCCGUGGGAGUCUGGGGCAAGAUCGUCGGAUCGUUAUGUGCCAUUGCUGGUGUCCUCACAAUUGCUCUUCCGGUGCCCGUCAUUGUCUCCAACUUCAACUAUUUCUACCACCGGGAAACGGACCAGGAAGAAAUGCAAUCCCAGAACUUCAACCACGUGGGAUCCUGUCCUUACCUGCCGGGAACUGUUGGGCAGCAGUGUAAAGAUUCAAUAUCGGAUUGUUCUUCGGACAUGAUGGAGCUGGAAGAAGGAGUGCUGUUGUCUCAAGUUGACCUGAGUCCUGUGAAAAAGUCCAACCACAAUCCGUAUUCAGGUGCUGCUGCUGGUGUGGGUCAUCGCAGCACGGGACUCCCUGGUGCUCCCAUGUUUGCUGUGGAGACUGAUGAAAGAGGGCUUUAUGCUGGAGGCAUCGCGGAAGAAGAUGCGAGCAGCAGUUGAGCAAUAAAAUGAAACAGGGCUUGCAAAAUAUUGGCAAGUGCCGCUUUUUGUGGAGCCUGGGGAAGUCUCAGCAAUGCUCAAGGAGGGCGGAAUCAUCAUCUCAUUUUCUGCUUGUGAUUCUGUUUGAGAUGGAUCAUCGAGAACGAGGGUAAUCUUGUUCGAAUCAUGCAUUUUUGCCCAGCAAAAAAAAAAAAAGGAAGAAGAGAAAUAAUACGUUGGAAGGUCACAUAUGAUGAUGUGUGCAGAGAAAGAAAAAAAAAAGAAGCUUGCCUUCCAAGGAUUUUUUUUUCUUUUGGCAGGGGAGUAAAUUGAAUAAAAAUUCCUCAUAUACGUACAUUCGGUUGAUGAUGAUGAGGAAUUUGUUUUUUGCUUUGUUUUUGGGGGAGAAGUUAUAUACAUUCCUAUGUGCAUGUUUAUUAGGUUGUGUGUUUGUUCUCUUGGAAUUUUUGCUGUGUCCGCUUUUUUUGCUGCUUAUUUUGCGGACUGACUCAUCUCAAGGCAACUGUGAACCACUUGAAAGCGAAAAGAAAAAGCGAAAAAAAAACUAUUCAUAUCAAUGGAUUCAUGCCAUAUCUUCGGAAUGGAAUUUCCUCCAGAACCAGUUCUGCACUGUGGUGUAUAAGAACAAGCACAUUCAAUCAAUCAAUCAAUCAAUCUUUUUCUCUGUGGUCCUGCAUUAUUUAUGCCCGGAAAUUUGCUGUAUCAUGGUGGAAAACUUUGCCUUUCAACUUCUCCUAUUUACUGUGAAGCCGUAUUUUCCGCCAGAUGUCAUUGCUGAUGCAUGUUCUUCUGCAAAAAAUGUUCAUUCGCACAUCAAAGUUACCAUUUGCUGAAUUGCUCUGUGAGUUUUUGCUACCUGCAUAUAUUUAUCAUCGGUUGUGCUGCUCAGAUUUUUUUUUUAAUAGCACUGUUACCUUUUCAAAAUAAGCUGAGGAGUUGUUCCACAAUUUUUUUCAAUGAAUUGAGCUCAUGUAUGUCAUCAACAGCUUCACGCGUACGUGUUUUUUUUUUCAGAUAUAUCCGCGAUUCGUUUAAUUUGAAAUUGUGAUAGAAACAAUAUCAAAUGCUUAUACAUAAUCGUAUUUUCUUAUAUAUAUCCGGGUAAAAGGAGAAAAGAGUUGUUCGACCUUUCCUUCCAUAAAACAUUCUCUUAUAUGCAUCUGAGGCUUGAAUAUAUACAUGAGUGCGUAUUUUUAUAGCGAUGUUGCUGUUUCGACUUGGCAGUGCAUCUUUGUUUGGCUGCCAUUUUAGGCUCUUGAGUCAAUGCAUUGAUUUUUUUGUUGAGAGUUUAUUAUUGUUGAGAAAUUCGGACGAAUCAGGUGUCGUAGUGUGUGUAUUUACUUAUGUAUAGCUAAGAGUUUCUCAAUUCUGAUGAUGAUGAUGAUGGGGGUGGGGGGUAAGAAAAAGAAUUGGCUCAUGAUUGUAUCUCGCGUCAGCAUUCUUUUAGCUCUAAUAGCUGUUGCUUCAUCAACGUGACUUGUUGCAGAUUUGAUGAGUGAACAGUAUUUUACAUUUUUACUUAUAGCUUGAGGACUGAUGGCGGAAAAAGUGCUCUGUAUGCUCAUUCGGAUUUUAGAAGAUUUGCAUAUAUAUAAAUUCGGGGAUUUUCUUGAAUUGAUUUUUUAUCGCAGAUUUCAGACUAUACUGUACACGUGUAUUGUCACACAAGAAGAACGAGGUGUUGAGGCGUCUUACAGGCAAUAGUUUUGCAAUUCAUGUGCUUAUAAAUUCAGCUCAAUUUUUCCCUUGGUGAUCAGCAUUGCACUUCAAUGGACAGAGGGAUGGUAUUGGUGAAGAGAAAAAAAAGCAGAUCUUGCAUUUAUAUAUAUAUAUAUAGAUGACUAUGUUAUGGAAACUCUUGAAUGUAUAUUUGUCUCAAAUAUUUCUCAUUGUCAUGCAUGCAGAAAAAAAGCCGUUUUGAAAUAAUUGAAUUGCAAUGCUGAACAUGAAGAAGAUAGACAGAUGCUAUUUUAUCCUACAAAAAUGUAUGGUUUUCUAGCUACUGAUGUUUUCUUGCACUUCUUUGUUGGCUGUGAUGCACCUGUCCAUAUGGAAGUUUUUCCUCUUGCUUAACUAAUGUUUCAAUCUGUUCACAUUAUUCUAUAUAGAUCUUUCUGCCACAAGUAGUGAUACUUUGUGAUUGUCCUUGGGCCAUGUUUCCUUGGGGGAGUUGAAUCUUUUGUCUAAUCGAUGCCAUUUCCUGGUGGACUGCUGAGUAAUGAAGAUGAUGAGGACCAUGAAAAA